CAAAUCCGCGGCAACUACCCAGUAUUCGCUGCUAUAAAUUUUGGAUUCGUUUCGCUUUAUUUUAUCCAACAUCUUAAGGCCAAGAAAUUUCCGAGGAAAAAAAAGUAAAGGAAGAAGAGUUCCGUUUUGUUAUAGCAAUGGAAGGAGCAAAGCCGAUAAAGAGAGAUAGCAAGAUAGUGGUAGCAGUGGAUGAGAGCGAAGAAAGCAUGUUUGCUCUUUCAUGGUGUCUCAAAACUCUCUUCGCCGAAGACACCAACAGUACUCUCAUUCUUCUCUAUGUCAAGCCACAAUCUCCUGUCCACUCCACUUACGAUGCUGCAGGGUACAUGUUUUCCAGCGAUGUAGUUGCAACCAUGGAGAAAUACGGGAAUGAACUGGUUCAUUCAGUUAUGGAAAGAGCCGAAGCUGUCUACAAUAACUUCGAUUCUCAUAUUAAAAUACAGAGAAUAGUUGGGAGGGGAGAGGCUAAGGAUGUGAUAUGUAAUACGGUUGAGAAGCUGAAAGCGGACACUUUGGUUAUGGGAAGCCAUGGCUAUGGUUUCUUUAAGAGGGCUCUUCUUGGAAGCGUGAGUGAUUACUGUGCCAAGCAUGUCAAAUGUCCGGUGGUGAUUGUGAAGCAUCCCGCUCGAAACUGAGUUCCCUUCUUCACCAUGAAGAAGUGGUUUCUUCCAAAGGAGUGGUGAGGAAGAUAAUGGAUAUGUAUUUAGUUUUAAAUUUCAUGAAAUUGCUGUAGAGAAAAGAAAUCAGAAAAAAGAAUAUAAUUAUGAUUUUAA